AUGGACAACCCAGAGAACGACCCCUUCCAGGGCGACGAGGGAGAAGAGGACAUGCUCCUCGCUCCCAUGGUGGUGGCAAAACUCACGGAGUAUGGCAUCUCAGCACAGGACUGCCAGAAGCUCGCCGAGGCAGGUCUGCACACGGUCGAGGCUGUUGCGUUCACCCCAAAGAAGCAGCUGUGCGUGAUCAAGGGAAUCUCCGAGGCCAAGGCAGACAAGAUCCUUUCCGAGGCAUGCAAGCUCGUGCCCAUGGGAUUCACGACGGCGACGGAGAUUCACGCUCGUCGGUCCGAGCUCGUCCACAUCACCACGGGCUCGGUCGGUCUCGACACCAUUCUCGGAGGCGGUAUUGAAACUGGAGCCAUCACAGAGCUGUUCGGCGAGUUCCGAACCGGUAAAUCGCAGAUCUGUCACACGCUCGCUGUCACCUGCCAGCUCCCCGUGUCCAUGGGCGGUGGUGAGGGCAAGUGUCUCUACAUUGACACAGAGGGCACAUUCCGCCCUGUGCGCAUGCUCGCCGUCGCCGAGCGUUACGGCCUGAACGGCGAGGAAGUGCUCGACAACAUUGCCUACGCCCGCGCCUACAAUGUGGACCACCAGAUGCAGCUUCUGGUCCAGGCCAGUGCCAUGAUGGCCGAGUCAAGAUUCUCCCUCCUCAUUGUCGACUCUGUGACGUCCCUGUAUCGCACAGACUUUUCCGGCCGCGGUGAACUCUCGUCCCGUCAGAUGCACCUCGCAAAGUUCCUCCGCACGCUGAUGCGUCUCGCCGACGAGUUUGGCGUGGCAGUUGUCGUCACCAACCAGGUCGUGGCACAGGUGGACGGCGGUCAGUUUGCCCAGGCAGAUGCCAAGAAGCCAAUUGGUGGUAACAUCAUGGCGCACGCGUCGACGACGCGUCUUUCGCUGCGCAAGGGACGCGGUGCGUCGCGAGUGUGCAAGAUUGUCGACAGCCCAUGUCUUCCCGAGGCAGAGGGUAUCUUUGCCAUCAAUGCCAACGGCAUCGGUGACCCAGAGGAGCUCAAGGACUGA